CGUUUGUCAGUUGCCAUCAAAACGUCAGCCGCCCAACAAAUCGCGGACGGAUUAUUUUGUGUGUGCGAAAAUUUUUGCUGCUGCUCGGUUUCGGAUGCGUUUGGGGUGGCUAAGGAAAAAAAUCUCUCGGCAGGAAAAGUGGUUCCGCACGUCACGGGUUCCAAGGUGCACUUCCGGUUUGGGGGUGAGAUUUGCUAGUUGGGAAAGGCAAGGUUGGUUUUUUCCGCAACCAACAAGAACACGGAACAUUUUCGCCUGAUAAUCUCGUGCAGCGGGUCGGUUCUGGGACUUGUCAGACGAAGGGACGAAGUGACCAGCGGAGGAACGACGUACACCGUGUUUGUGUGUGCGUGUUUGCGCAAGAGAAAGAACUGCACGGAGGAAAAAGGAAGAUAAAAGUGGACAUCCUAGCUUCAAGAAGGCAGAGCUUGAAUCCGAAACUUGCGGGGAAUCGACGCCGCGUUUUGGUGGACUUGUUCUAGUACGCGAUUUUCGGUGUUGAACCUCCGUGUUCCCUCCACGUUCCCCAACAUUCUCUUGCUCACUCUGGCCCAGGUCUCCGUGGCCACUGCCUGCUUGCCAUCGUCGCCGUGCCGUUGCCGUGCAAGUGUUUGCAAAGUUACGCGAAAUAUGUGCUGUUGAAAGGUACAAGAGAAGAGGCUCUCCUUCCUGAUCCCGUGGUGUGGCAGCAGAGAAGAAAAUCAACACUCGAAAACGGGAAGAAUCUUCUGAGUGACCCAAGAGAUCCCGUGGUUCCGGAGCGAAAGAUUAGGAGCACCUCCUCGACGCACAGUUGAACGGACAGGUGAAUACGCGAGUCUCGAGGCGCAGCUGAAGUUCAAUGUUGACCUGGUGAACGCGUGAAACCACCAACAACACCAGGAUAGCAGCAGCAGCAGCAUCGAAAGCGUGAGAGUUUGAAGAAACGACGACGAAACCGACCCAGCCGAGAUGGGUGCGUUCCUGGAGAAACCGAUGACGGCCAAGCACAACGAGCACGGCGAAGGAAACGGGCUGCGUUACGGCGUGGGUUCGAUGCAGGGAUGGCGCUGCGAGAUGGAGGACGCACACUACGCCAAAACCGGCCUCGGCGAAGCCCUCGAGGAUUGGAACUACUUUGCGGUGUUUGACGGGCACGCCGGCCACAAGGUCGCGGACCAUUGCGCCAAGAAUCUGCUGCAGUCGAUCAUCCGGACACAGGAAUUUAGCAAUAACGAUAUUACGCGAGGUAUUCACGCCGGCUUCCUCAAGCUGGACCAAACGAUGCGGGACAUUCCGGAGCUGGCAUCCGGGGCGGACAAGUCCGGCACGACCGCGGUCUGUGUGUUCAUCUCGACGCGGCACGUCUACAUUGCCAACUGCGGUGACUCGCGGGCCGUCCUCUGUCGCAACGGACAGCCGCUGUUCUCGACCCAGGACCACAAACCGAUCCUGCCGGGCGAGAAGCAACGCAUCCAGAACGCCGGCGGUUCCGUCAUGAUCCAGAGGGUGAACGGCAGCCUGGCCGUGUCGCGAGCACUCGGCGAUUACGACUUUAAAAACUCCAAGGAUUUGGGCCAGUGCGAGCAGCUGGUGUCGCCGGAGCCGGAAAUCUUCUGCCAGGACCGGGACCCGGCCGACGAGUUUCUGGUGCUGGCCUGCGACGGCGUGUGGGACGUAAUGAGCAAUGCCAACCUUUGCCAGUUUGUGCACAGUCGGAUGCUGAUCUCGGACAACCUGGAGGACAUUGCGAAUCAGGUGAUCGACACGUGCCUGCACAAGGGCAGCCGCGACAACAUGAGCAUCAUCAUCAUUGCAUUCCCGGGCGCGCCCGAACCCAACGAGGAGGCCGCCAAGCGCGAGGAAAAGCUGGAGGCCACCCUGCGCAAGCGGGUCGACGAGAUCGUCACCGAGAUGGGCACGGCCGUCGAGUACGGGCUGCUGCUGAAGCGGCUCAGCGAGGAACACAUUCCGGACCUGCCGCCGGGCGGUGGCCUCGACGCCAAGUGCUCCUUCGUGUCCAAGGUGUUCAAGGAGCUGUGCCCGAAGCUGGCGGACUCGUGCGAGGUGGGCAGCUAUUGAGGCCGUGGCCGUGGCGGCGGCUCCAGCUCCAGCAGCAGGCAACGGUUCUGGGCGGCCCGCGCAGAUGCCGAAGCGCGGCUUGCCCGGCUCAGACAGGAACAGCGCGAGGAUGAUGAGUUUUUAGCGGAAAUAACCAGAGAUCAUAUUCAUGUAUAGGAGAGGCGGGAGUGUGAGAGAAAGAGAGAGCGAGAGCGAUUGUGUAUCGGGGAAAAGCGCGGGAUUCACACAGCUAUUUAAGAGUAUAAUAUUAUUAUUAAAAGCAGAAAGAAACAAAACAAAACAUAAUCAGAGACAGAGUUUUUAAGUUUAUUUUUUGUCAUUCGAGGUUAAGAUUCGGUUUCCAGUUAGUUUUUCGUUGUAUUGAAAGAGAGGGGCGACUCGUUAGAAUCACGGUGUAAAAAGUUUACUAGUACUAAGGAAAGGUUUAGAAAAAAACUGCAGAAAAAAAAAACAUUAUAACAAAAAAAAAUAAUCAUUCAAUAAAUUUGUAAGGUAAUGUGCAGCAAAAUAAUGUCGGUGUCAAUGGUUAGCAAAGUGCGGAAUGCGGGCAAAAGUCAGUGCGAAGCACUGAAUUUGAUUGCAAGGGGCUAAAAGAGGCAAUUUUGUUGAGGUUUUCCUUUUCGAAAUUUCUACACUAUUAAAUCGUAACGGCGACAAAUUACUUCGUUUGUAUUUUCUCAUACAGUAAAAAGAAAAGUUGUGCCAAAUUAGCUGUAGGAGAGCACAAUUGCCAACGCUUUCCACACGUGUAACAUUCAUCUAAAGCUGAAUUUUGUCGGCACUUUUAAUCACAAUCUCGAAAAACUGCCUUUUCCAGUCUCUUGCAAACUGAUUUAGCUUCCGUUCAAAGGGGUUUGAGAAGGAAACAGAACGGAAAAUAGCUUCAAACAAGCUUAACCGUUUGGCAGAGGUAUAAAAAUAUAGUUGAAACUCGCCAGCGUUCGAAACAUGCUUUGAAAAUAUAAAGGAAACAGUUUGUUUCAGCAUUAUUGGAAAACCCUCGUUGAAUAAUGGAUCAUAUCGCAGUUCAGGAUGAAGUGCUCAACUCGAGUUCAGCAUGCAUCUUGGGAAACUUCAUCAUGAACUCUACUUUGGAUACAGUUUUUCGUACUGAACUGCUUCUUUACUAGAUUUCAGUGUAAAUUUCAAAAAUCAUAGCUCGAAACUUCAUCGCGAACACAAGUGUCUGUGCAGGUGAGUGUUUUAUAACGGGUGUCGGACAUUUCGCCGAAGUUCGUUUUGCCAAACAUUUUGUCAAAUGUGACUUUUCGCCGAUAACAAUGCAGAAAAGCACUUUAGUUCGGCAUUUUUUUUGAGCAAAUUCACUCCAAAGUGAGACUUUGGGUUUUGAUUGUACUACUGAAUUACAGUAUUGUUUCAAUACUGUAAUUCAGUGUGAAUUUUAUUCCCAAUACUUUACAUUUCAUCCCGAACACAGAUAUUUGUCGAAUAAAAGUUCAACUAGAAAACAAUCUGAUCAUACUAAAAUUCACGAUGAAGUGCUCUGCCGCUCGAAGCAAGUCCGUCUCAUAUGUAAUUUUGUCAAUUUUGAGUUGAUGAUGCGGUUUGGUACAAAAUCAUGUGAACCAUCAGAAAAACCAAUAAAAUUUAGAACUUUGUUCCAGAAAACCGUAGAAAAUCCACUUUUUCGAAAAUUCCUAACACGCAGCCUUAUGGGCGGAACAAAUUUGACUUGCGUUUUUCUCGGCUUGCUGUUUUCACAUAUGGGACGGACUCGAUUAGAGCGGCAGUGCUGUACUCGAAUUCAGCAUGAAUGUUUAGAGAGUUCGAAACGAACUCUACUUUUUCUGCUGUUUUUCGGUUUCAAAUGCUUCUAUAAGAGAUUCCAGUGUGAAUUUGAUUGCCGAAACUAAAAAUUUCAUCGCGAAUUCAAGUAUUCCUGAAUUCUUUAUUUUUUUAUGAAGAAUGUUUCGAACACGGUGCGAGCGAACAAAUUGAACUUCUUUUGUAACAACGCUUCAAACCACCACGUAGAAACAAUGCCGCCAUAAGCCAUUAAGAGAGAAAAAAAAACAAUACAAAAAAACAUACCAUUAGCUUGUUGUUACAUACCAAACUUUACGAAAUAAGUGAACCCAGGGUGAGCAGCAAGAAUAAAAAAAGAAUCAUUCUCACAUAAAACAAUACAACAACAUUCACAAACGAACACAAAAGACAACAACAUGGAAAAAAGGUGAAAUAAAAAAAAACUUGUGUAGACAAAAACAGAGCGUGUUAAAUGCUUCAAAACUCGUUGGAUCGUCGUCGGUUAAACACGGAUUUACCGGUUAAGCUUAACAAAUGGAAAACAAGGGAUUUGACGCGGAUUUGCGUGGCGCAUGUGCGUGUGUGUUGGUGGGAUAUUUUAACAACUAGUAGUUGAGAUCAGGAGCGACUCUGAGUGUACGUGUAGUUAUGGUUUCUUUUCGAAAGUUUGGAGAAUUUUGCCAGAUUGGGCAAUGGGGAACCUAUUAGGUUGAGCCACCUUUCAUCGGUUGCAACAUUAACGAACAUUAAAAGUAAAGAAUAAACAAAAAUAGGUUUAGUUUUCACUUCGAGUCCUUUUGUUGUUAGGUUUAGUUGAUCUUUUUAGAAUUAGUUCGAUUUACUUAAAACAAAACAAAACGUGGCCGAUUUUACUGGCAAACAAAAAAAAUCAGCUCUUCAUACUUACAUUGAAUUGAAAGGACGAGAAACGAGAAAAGAGUUGUUUGCUGACUAAGAGAAGAAAAAAUGGGAAGUUAGUUGGUAGAAUCGUGCGCUUGAGAAUAUCUUCUACACUCCAUAGAGUAAUUUGAGUUUAAAAAAAUAUACCUAUAGUAGCAAGGAAACAGAAAAAAAAAACUUGUUCGAUUUGAACGGAGAGAAACACAUCCAAACAAACAAAAAAGAAAAUUUAAAAACAAAAGAGAGAAAGAAGUUAUGGGGAGACAUUUUUGAUGAUGAAAGCCAUGCUCACGCAGGAAGCAAACUAACGUGAAGAAGUAGAAGGCAAGUGGCAGCACGAUACUGAAGGAAAUAAAGAAUACGCGAUUAUUGAACAAUACCAUUUCCAAUAUCGAGAAGAAAGAAAGUAAAAAAAAAACAAAUAUAUAAGAACCUUGGUAUUUAUUAUUGAAAACCACAAACUUGUAAAUGGACAAACAGAACAAAUAGAGUUGGUGUUUUAUUACUA